UAGGCCUCUGUAUUAUAACCUGUACUAUUAAGUGUGCACACAAAUGGAAGCUCAAACUACGCUUUUCUUUUUCGUCCUGGUCUCCAUUUUCUGGUUUCACCAGGGCUGUCUCCGUGUGGGCUUUAUUACAAAUUGGCAAAGCAUUCCGUAUGUUGUCAGGGACCACGGCAGCAAUUCACGCGUGACAUUCCCAGAUCAGUCAGAACGUAUUCUUACUGCGACAGUCAACCAGACCAAGGAAUCGCACGCUACCCGCAUAAUUCGUACUGAUUCACCUUUCAACACAUCUGGACACUUACAUGGAGACCAUACGCUCGAUUAUUGGACGGAAAGUGAAAAAACCCCAAAGAUUGGGAACAAAACAUUUUUUGUUAUUUGGAACGUCCCUUCUUUAAAGUGCGUACAAUAUGGAAUAGACUUGAAUCUAUCACAUUAUAAUAUAACAUCAAACAGCAAUAUGGAAUGGAAUGGAAAUAUUAUAAAUAUAUUCUAUGAGGACGAACUUGGUUAUUAUCCAAAGAUAUUGGAAAACCGAUCAAGAGUCCAUGGCGGCUUACCGCAGCUUGUUGACAUCGAGAAACACUUAAAAAAGUGCAUAGCUGACAUUAAAGUAUCUAUCCCAAGUCCAGAUUUCAGCGGGCUUGCUGUCAUAGAUUGGGAGUCGUGGGUUCCCACUUGGGAGAGAUUAUGGGAUACGAGAUUAAUCUAUAAGAAUGCAUCUUUAGAUCUGGUACGAAGCAGACAUCCCGACUGGAAUGAAACCACAGUAGAAUCAGAGGCGAAAAGAGAGUGGCAAUCUGCCGCAAAGAGAUUAAUGUUAAGCACUCUGCAAGUGGCUCUUGCCGUGAGACCCAAGGCGCGUUGGGGUUUUUACCUGUACCCAGACUGUUACAAUUACAAUGGUCCACAGAUACACGACUGCACAGAUAUUGUGAAAGAAAGAAAUAACGAGCUUGAAUGGCUUUUCAAGGAAAGCACAGUCUUACUCCCAUCAGCUUAUCUUGACUCAAAAUACGAUAUUAAAUGGAAGACGGCAUUUGUGCGCCACAAGAUACAAGAGGCACUACGCAUACGUCAGUACGUCGGCUUAAGUCCAAGGGCCAUGCCGGUAUUUCUGUACAGUAGAUUCAGGCACCCUGACACACUCACGUGGUACUCUUUGAUAGAAUUGAAUGCCACUAUUGCUCAGUCGAAAUCACUAGGCACAGAUGGGAUCGUGUUGUGGGACGACCAUCUGGUAACGGACACCCGGGAACAUUGCUCAUUACUCCAGCGCUAUGUGACCACCACACUGGGGCCUUUGGUUCAGAAGAUACUGAACAACAGCUAAGGCAUCAUAACUAGAACAAAAUGAUCGCCAGGGGCGCAGGGCAAGGAUUGUUUGUGUUCCCACUUCUCACAGUAAAGUGCAAAGAAUGGAAAUCAUUUUAAAGCCACACAAUUUGAACGUUUUUGUACUUGUUCUUAAACCCACCAAUAACGCAACUACCAUGCUCAUGAAGCUUAAUGAGCGUCUUACCAGUCUGUAAUGAAGUACGUACUUUACGUUGAGUCGACAUGGUUUUGUUUCUCUUCCACGUGUCGAACAACUUUGCUUUUUUUUCAUCGCGUUAAUUGCGCAGGGCUAGCUUACUUUUACAAUUUCCAAAACCCAUAAAAAAUGAACGAUGCCCGUGAAACAAGAAAGCAUUAAGUCCAUCGUCAGUGUUAAAUUGGCUUUGUACAGUAUAUCAAUCUGAAGAACGAAACCAGGCAGUUAACAUGUCCAGUUGAAAUCCAACAGGUGGAACAAUACUGAUAUAAACAAAACAUUUGAAGAUGUCUAUUCCCUUUGUAUUGAUUCUAUCAAAAUAACAUACCUGUGAUGACU